AUGAAGGUUGCCUACUUCUUGUCCGCUCUGGACUUCCUGAUUAUUUUCAGCUUGUACUUGGGUGGGACCUGUAGCGGCUUCGCGGGCAUUGUUGCCUGUAUGAGACAUGGCCGCAUUUUGGAUGAAGCGGGGCAGGAGGGCGUCGGUGGGAGUGGCAAUGUGACUGACGCCACGAAUGCUACCACGAAUGCUGCCACUGAUGCUACCACCGAGGCUGCCACCGAUACAUCCACCACUGCUGCCACCAAUGGUGAUGCAAGUGGCGGUCUCAACUCGCCCGCCGAGAGCAGCGGCAGUGGGGGAAACGACCCAGCGAACCCAGCGACUCAUUCCAGCGACUUGCCAACGACAGGCGCGCAGAAUACUCCUCCAGGUAACGGAGGCCAAACGGGUGACCACGAUGCAGAGGUAGAAGAUGGAGAUUACGAUGAUACAGAGGAUGAUACCAGGUACAAUUUACAAGACGUUGAGGAAAUUAUAGAUCCAUGUUCGGAAAACAAUGGUGGAUGUGGAGAUGACAAAAUAUGUGAAAAUUUAGGGGAGGGGAUAGUGAAGUGUUCCUGUAAACCGGGGUAUAAGUUGGUUGACACCGAGUGUGUGGAGUCAUCAAAAUCGUCCUCCUGGAAUUCGUUUUUCUGUUGGUUUCUUCUUCUGAUUAUUGUUUUGGCUUCCAUAAAUUAG